AUGAGCCUGAACGUGUCGUCGCAGAACAAGGUGUUUGGUGGUAUUCUCACCAAGUACUCGUUCCUUUCCAAGGUACUGGGCAACCUCAAUGCCAAUAUGAAUGUGUUUGUGCCGGAAGGCGCUAGUGACAGCCACAAGGUCCCCGUGUUGUACUACCUCUCCGGUCUCACGUGCACAGAAGACAACGCUGCCCAGAAGGGCCACUUGUUCCAGGCCGCGGCCCAGGAGAACCUGGCUAUCGUCUUCCCUGAUACGAGUCCACGAGGAGCUAACAUUCAGGGCGAAGAAGACAGCUGGGAUUUCGGUACAGGCGCCGGAUUCUAUGUCAAUGCGACCAAGGCCCCUUGGAGUCAGUAUUAUCACAUGUACGAUCAUGUGCACAAAGAGAUUCCCGACAUGAUCAAGAAGGCCAACUUGCCGAUUGACGUGACGCGUGCAUCGAUUCUUGGUCACUCCAUGGGCGGUCACGGCGCCUUGGUGCUCUACCUGCGUGAGCCCAACUCGUACCGUGCUGCCUCGGCAUUUGCCCCCAUCAGUCAUCCGACCAACUGCGAUGUCGGCAAGAAACUGAUUCAGGGCUACCUCGAAGGCGGCUUGGAAGAAGGCCAAGCGUACGACGCAUCGCUGCUGCUGAGUAAGGUCUCGUCACGUAAGAUCGACAUCCUCGUGGAUUGUGGCUUGAACGACAAUUUCUACAAGGACAAGACGCUCCAGCCGGAGAGUCUCAUCGAGGCAGCAAAGAAGAGCGGCCUGGAUGAAUCACAGGUCCAAGUGCGCCUGCAUGAAGGCUAUGAUCACAGUUACUACUUUGUGAGCACCUUUGCAGCAGACCAUGUGCACUGGCAUGCCAAGUUCUUGAAGUAG